GCUUAAACAGUACACACCCGAAGGUAAAUAAUUUGAAGAAGAUUAAAAAAAAAAAAAAAAGGUACAUAUUUUUCUGUGUAAAUGUUGCUGUUACUGUUAGACCUCCAGAUAUAUGUUGCCAGCGAAAAGAGCAAAGCUUGACAUGGAAGACGACGGGGAGCGCCUACGCCUGCUUGAGGAUGAGCUUCAGGUAAUCCAGGCGGAGGUUGAGCCCAUUGAAGUCAAGCGAUCUAGCACGUCGAGAACUGAGUCGGUCACCUACAGGCCAACAUACCGAGCAGUUCUAGCCAAAAAUGGAUAUCUCGUGAGAAAAACUUUGGGCAAUGGGAGCUACUCGAAGGUAAAGCUAGCCAUAUCUCUAAACAAAUCAAAAUCACUCGUCGCGGUGAAAAUCGUCGAUCGGAACAAAGCGCCUAAAGACUUUCAAACAAAAUUUCUUCCACGCGAGUUAGAUAUCUGGCCUGGGCUGCGCCAUCCGAACAUAAUUAAAGUUUUGGACGCUUUCGACGACGGUCGCCGUGUCUAUAUGAUUCUAGAGUAUGCUGAAAAUGGUGAUGUGCUGCGUUAUAUUCAGAAGGUAGGCGCGUUGGUUGAGAAUCUGGCCAAGGGAUGGACGUGGCAGCUCUGCGAUGCGGUUCGAUACCUCCACGACUUGAACAUCACGCACCGGGAUUUGAAGCUCGAGAACCUCCUUUUAGAUAAGUCUUUCAAUAUUAAGCUCUGUGACUUCGGCUUCGUCAAAGGGGACUGCACACUGAGCAUGAGCCAGACAUAUUGCGGCUCCAAGUCGUACGCCGCCCCUGAGAUACUGAAGGGUGAGCCGUACGACCCAAAGAAAGCCGACAUGUGGGCCAUUGGUGUCAUCUUGUACAUCUUCGUCACGGGCAAAAUGCCUUUUGAUGAGAGUCGUGGCAACAGCGGCGUACUAGAAGAGCAGAAAAAGUUGGAGUUCCCUUGGCAGAAGUACAAACGGGUGAGUUUUCCUUUUACUUCCGCAUAGAGCUUCAAGUAGUUAGUCUUGGACAGAAUGUUAUUUCCUCCGUAAUUUGGACCUUUGUGUGUGUGUGUGUGGGGGGGGGGGGGCUUUUUUUUUUAUGGGGUGAGCACUGAGCUUAAGGUAUUUAUUAAGAAUGUUUUCUGAAUAGGAUUUUAAAAGUACACACCUUUGAAUCAUGUAAGACCUUUUGGUUAGUCAUUAUUUUAAAAAGUUAAUGGGUAUUGUCCGUUCGUAGCUUAAACAAUUCACACAAUCUACACACCCAGGUCUAUGUAUAAAAAUUUGUAUAUGGUAGUAAGUGACCAUUGGCCGCACUGAGAGUCCCUGGUAUGAAAUAUGCUAACUCUUCUCAUUGGUUUAACCAUUUUUUUAUUUUUACAAAAUUAAGUUCACAUUUUAAUGUAGAUUUUGUAUUAAAAAUUUACUGUUACAAAUGAAAUAAUAAAAUAUCAUGUUGUCCAUAUGCAUGAGAAAUUAAUGUCAAGAAAUAAUUUAUAUUUUUCCCACUGUAGGUUUAGCAUAAACAUUUGUUUCAAUGGUUUAAUUCGACUUGUUUGUGUAAUAUCUUCUCUCUGCUCAACAUCUUUACUGCACGGGUCUGAUUGUCUCAUACACCGCCAUAGUCACUAAGGUACCUUAUCUUUGUUGGAUUUUCUCAUACACUGUCAUGGUCACUAAAGCAUCUUAUCUUUUUUCGGAUUUUCUCAUACACUGUCAUGGUCACUAAAGCAUCUUAUCUCUGCCCAGGUCACGAGUGAGGAGAAAAGUCUCGUACUGAAGCUGUUUACCCACGACUUUCAGAUGAGGCCUGAUAUUCACAGAGUGAUGAGAAACAGAUGGAUGGACUCGGCCCAACAAAUUGAAGCAAAACUAGGUAAGUCUCUUUUACACUGCGUUGUAGAUGCCAAGUCAGUUAGAGGAGUCUCUGUCGCACCUGCGUUGUAGAUGCCAAGUCAGCUAGAAGAGUCUCUGUCGCACCUGUGCUGUAGAUGCCAAGUCAGCUAGAAGAGUCUCUGUCGCACCUGCGUUGUAGAUGCCAAGUCAGCUAGAAGAGUCUCUGUCGCACCUGCGUUGUAGAUGCCAAGUCAGCUAGAAGAGUCUCUGUCGCACCUGUGUUGUAGAUGCCAAGUCAGCUAGAAGAGUCUCUGUCGCACCUGUGUUGUAGAUGCCAAGUCAGCUAGAAGAGUCUCUGUCGCACCUGUGCUGUAGAUGCCAAGUCAGCUAGAAGAGUCUCUGUCGCACCUGUGCUGUAGAUGCCAAGUCAGCUAGAAGAGUCUCAGUCACACCCGUGCUGUAGAUACCAAGUCAGUUAGAUAGGCCACUGUCACGCAUGUGCUGUAGAGGCCAAGUCAGUUAGAUAAGUCUCAGUCACACCCGUGCUGUAGAUACCAAGUCAGUUAGGUGACUCUUUGGUCGCGCCUGUCCAUUAGAUAUCAAGCCAGUUAGGCAAUUCUCAUACUCUCAUCCAUCCAACAGAUACGAACAGACAGCAACAUAUGUCCGUUGGAGAGGAGACACAUUACUCACCUCGCAUGUCAGAUAGUCAGAAACAUAUUAGUUAAUUUGAAAUUCUCAACAAACAUACUUUAGGUUAAACAUGUCACAACAUGUCACAACAUAUUGUCACGGCAUCCCGCCAUCUUUCAGCUAAUGAUCUCAAAUUACACAUUAUAAAUAUUAAAACAACGUGAGACUGCACAAUGGCACUCGUGCCAAUGCUUACAAUGGCUGAUCCCUCUAGCCUGAUUCAUGAAACUGAUAGCUCCGAUCAGUUGACACCAUCUCAUGAUGAGUCUGGUUGAACCGGGUCAAUGUGUGAAACCAUUCAAUAUUUUACUGGAAAUCCAACAUCAAAGUCACGCGAUGUCACGUGACCAAGUCUGUAAGAGCGGUUAUGUACUGAAACUUAAAUUAAUGUACUAAUACAAAUUUUAUUAACUUGGAAUGGAAUUAUCAAACAAAUUAUGUCCCCUGCUCCAGAUGUAAUAGAUGCUUGUUGUUGUUGUUUGUUUUAAGCCUAAUGAUAAUUUCAUCAACAAAUCUCUUUUUAUGUACAAAAAGAAACCACUGCAGUUGACCGCAUUGUAUUCUCCUGGCCAACUUGCAGGUGAUCUGGCUAACGAGGGGAAGAACAACCACCACAGCCACCACUACCACCACCAUCACCACCACCACCACCACCAUCGUCACCACUCGAGAGAUAAAGGUGGGGACAAGCCCAUCGCAGAGAAGCAGAACACCACCACAGCGAACCCUAUGCCAGCUCAGUAGACCCAUGGAGGCGGCCGACCGAGAGGCAAGGAUAGAUCCGGUGAGGACCAUGUGUCACCUUUCAUCACUUUGUUUAUAGCUAAAGCAGGAUGAGGAGAUUAAGCGGGGGCGGUGGCCCCCACGGUUGACCGAUAGGAGGUUGUCACAGGGAAUAAAGUAUGAAGGGGAAAAAAAAGCAUAGAUUGGAAAAUCUAUCCUAAAUUUGUUUCAGACUCAUAUUUUUAACUUUAGUCGAAUAAUUAUGCAUCAAACAUUAGCGUCAUGUGUUCAGUCCUUCUGUGUGUUUUGGUAUGACGAUCCUCACAUUAUUGUCGUGGCCAACGUAAAUGGACAGAUCUAGGACUUUUCAUCGGAACUUGGAGGGGGGUUGCCAUAUUUUAAUAAAAUGUUUAUCAAGCUGGCUAUAUUUACCAUUACUUCCAGUGGCUUAGGAUGGGAAAGGGGGGGGGGGGGACUUUCAGCCCCGUGGGGCUUUUUUUUCUCUAUUUGAUGGGUAGCAUUUUUGGCCAUCUACAAAGUUCUUGUACUUUUUUGAGAAAGUAGGGCAGUAAAAUCAAGGCCAGCUCCUUGCGACACUACUCACCCGACUACGUCCCUUGGACCCGAGAAUGCCUAGGUAUGGCCUAGAUCAGCUUUUCCCAAACUUUAAUUUUGGCGGACAAAUCUCUCAUUGCAGCAGUGAUCCUGAUAAUCGUUUGACAAUUUUCACUGUGAAUGAUAAUUUUCAAAAGCUUUUACAAAUACAUGUAAAGUUUUACAAUAUGAAAAUAAUGUUGCUAAAAUAUUAAUCCAAUUCUAGGAGAGACUUUUUUUGCGGGCCUCAUUAAUUGUUUAAGCGGGCCGUAUUUCGCCCUCGGACCACAUUUAGUUUCUACACCGGAUUAAACAUUUCACUUUGAAAAAUGGGAUUUUAGUUUUAGUGGUGCAGCUAGGGUUAGUGCCACCCCCCCUCCCCUCCAAACACAUUUUUUUUCCACGAAAAAAACAUCUUUUAUGUAAAGAAAAAGGUGCCGCCUCUUCGCACCCCUUUCCUCUGCUACUGGGAGAUUUAGCUAUGGUUUGUAAUCAUGAUGCAUGAAAAAUUUUGAAGAGAGUAAUCUCCCUUGCAAUCAUGUGACUUCAUACUUUCAACUUACGGCCAGUGAGUUAGGGCUGAGCUGUCAAGGGUUACACAAAAAAAAUGACUUUAUGCUUUCAACUUACAGCCAGUGAUUUAGGGUUGGAAUGUGUCAAUGCUUGCAAAAAUAUGAAUUUAUAUUUUCAAUUUACAGCCAGUGAGUUGGGGUUGAGAUUUGUCCAUGUGCACAUGAGAAUCGUGAAAUAAGCGAUAGAAACUUGACUCGCACAUGUAACUCCCCCCCCCCCCCCCCCCCCCUCUUUUUUUUUCCUUGACAUAUACUGUGUGGACCGGCAACGUAAAGCUAAGGCCGGCCCACAGACCACCGUUUGAGACUGGGAUAACAUGGCCAGUCACGCAAAGAGCUGUUCAGUGUUAAGAACAGGCGGUUUGAAAUAAUUAUUCCCCAUCAGGACUUGUUUUCCCCAAUGGUAUAUUGCAGCGAAACAAAAUGGCUUUGGCAAAUAUGAAACGUUGCACUUUCCGGAUGACGGACAGAUAUGAGAACCACUGUUAAAAUUAAUUCUUCAUAAUCCAGAUGUAUAACAAGACAAGAAUUGUUGCUUUAUUAAAAGACUUUUUUUUUUUUUUUUGUAAUAGCCAAAUCUUCACUUGGAGAAUACCAGGACCACUGGGAAGCCAUGGUCAUUACGAUACUUCUUCAUAAUCCAGAUGUAUAACAAGACAAGAAUUGUUGCUUUAUUAAAAGACUUUUUUUUUUUGUAAUAGCCAAAUCUUCACUUGGAGAAUACCAGGACCACUGGGAAGCCAUGGUCAUUACGAUACUUACAGGAAGAAAGUUCUAGUCAUUCAGACAAAGACAAUGUCUUUUUAUAAUUAUUAUUUAAUACAGGGGGACACGCCAACCCAGUCUCACCUCCAAGAACUUGGCAUUUGAAACGACCCAUGCAAAUGACCGAAUUCUGAACUAAAUAAAGUUUUAGAGCUGUUACGGCCUUCACCACUUCCAACUUAACUUUACUAAUUUUUUUUAAUAAGCUCCCCUUCCCCCCCCCCAACUCCCCCCAAAAAGUAUGUAAAAAUCUACUCUUAUUUUUACAUUGAAUGUCAUAUCACCGACACGAUAAUAAAACGCCAUCUAUAGGUCCCAAUUAAGACUCUUUUGAUUCGAAAGCUAAAAUAAGUCAUAGCUUUUUUUACUUAACUGCUCGUAAGACUUCGGGUGAUGUUUGUUUGUUUUUGUUUUAAUUGUUUUUUUACAUUAGUUUUUAAAGACUGGUUUAUUUACAGACUGGUUUUUUAAAUUAAAGACUGGUUUAUUUAAAGACUGGUUUAUUUACAGACUGGUUUAUUUUAAGACUGGUUUAUUUAAAGACCUAUUUAAAUAUUGUCUCCACGUCUCUCACCAGAUAAAGAGAGCUUUGCCUGGAAAUAACAAAGAGAUGUGUGUACCGACCUACCAAGGCAUCCUGUGUCUUUAUCAUCUUAGACAUACUUGUGAAACAAAAAUUGGGAUAACAUUUUAGCUUUUUGAGUUUCAAAGGCGUAUGUAUUUCCGUUUUGUAAUUUGAAACUCUUGAGGGAAAAAUCAUAAUUAAAUUAAAAUUCCUCUAGACACUAAAAUUAUACAGGAGAAGAAAAAAAAAAAAAGAACGAAAUUAAAGCUGCUACUGAAGAAGAUGUGAUGUAGAGACAUGAAGUAACAAUUUUUUUCCUAAGCUAAGCCAUUUUCUCUUUUCUUAGCUCCUAACUAUAUAAUGAUGCCUCUCCAAGUACGCUAGCUUAGCCUUGUUUAGUCAUGCCCGGAUUUUUUCCCACUUUUAAAUAAAUCCACUACCAGCAAAUGAACGUUGAAUUUAUUUAUUUUUAGAUUCCUUUAUUUACGAUGCGCAAUGUUGAUGUUAUGAUCACACCAUAUGAUGUACAUAUAGUUUGACCUGUGACCUGUGAAUGUUUGAUAGUGGACUCCAGUUAUUUUAUUAUUCAGUAAUUAAAAAUAUGUUGGAUUUGAAUGAAAUCUCUGGCCUUGUCCCUAAAUCUUGUGUAUAGAAAGCGUACUCGGUGCGAUAAGGGGAGCUAACUCAUCAUUAAACAUUAGCUUUGCUUACAUCAGUUGCCGUUCUCUGAUUCAGUUUGUUUUCAUAAUACUUUUUUCUCUCUAUAUAUAUAUACUUUUUUUUUUAAAAACCCAG